AUGGCGUGGAAAUGGAUCGUUCGGAGGACCCGCGAAUCCAAACCCUUCUUCCUUGCAUUCGCCACCAUAUGCGGCGUCGUUCCGGGCGUCAUAGGCUAUGGCGUUAUGCAACUCACUAACACGCGCAACGAGCAGCUCGAGACCCAUCUUCGCAGAAGUGCUCGUCCCGAAUCAUUGAUGAUGGGGCAAGUCAAUAAAGAGAGACUGGCAGAGUACCUAGGAGAGCUUCAGAGGAAGGAGGAUACUAAUGACCGCUAUGUUGCUGCUCUAAGAGGAGAGACUUUAACUAGAAAACCAUAUGUCAGAAUACAACCAAUUCCAGAGCAAACAGACACCAAGGCUGACAAUGAGCAGAAGAAAUGA